UUUAAAUAUUACAAUAAUACUGUAACAUUUCAAGUCAAACCAUUAAACUUCUUUUCCUGAGCGGCUGGCCACUGUUUCUAAAGGCGCUACCUGACUUAUUUUGUCCUCCGGUGAUUGCCGUAGACUUUUGACAGCUGCUUGAAGUAAAUAUGGCCGAAGAAAGUCUGAUUGAAGGCGAAGAUGAAAACAUUUUAUACGACCUACUUGUCAUUACUGAAUGGCCGCCAGAGACGGACACUCAGUUGCGAGGCAACAAGGAGCACAAUACCUCCCUUAUAGCAAAAGCAGUGACAGGUCCAUUUCGGUUAAUCUUGCACUACUUGUGGUACAGCCCCUCCAGCUCGUCUCUGCCUGCUGGUCUUGUCCGCCAGGCAAACAAGCAGAUCAACUGGCAGCUGGUGCUUGCAAGUAAUGGCAAACUGUUGGCAGUGGUCCAGGACCAGUGUGUGGAGAUUAGAUCUGUGAGAGAUGACUUUGGCUCAGUCAUUGGGAAGUGCCAGGUGCCAAAGGACCCGAAUCCCCAGUGGCGAAGGGUGGCAUGGAGCCAUGACUGCACCCUGCUAGCCUACGCUGACAGCACUGGCACCGUGCGCCUUUUCGACCUCAUGGGCAGCGAACUCUUUGUCAUCCCGCCGGUGGUGAGUUUUCCUGGGGAUUUCAGUUGUGCAGUGGCCGGCCUGAUCUUCCUGGAGUACACUGCCAGCGCUCAGUGGUCAGCCGAGCUGCUCGUAAUCACGUAUGGUGGCGGCCUAAAGAGUUACCUUGUCAGUGUGGGAACAAAUCAGAACUUCCAAGAGAACCACAGCUUCACUUUUUCUUCUCACUACUCUCACGGCAUCACCUCAGCUAUUUACCACCCUGGUCACCGAUUACUGCUGGUGGGGGGCUGUGAGUCGGGGGACGACAGCACGUCCAAGGCCUCUAGCUGUGGGAUUACAGCCUGGAGGAUUCUGUCUGGCUCGCCACACUACAAGCAGGUCACCAGCUAUGAGGAUGAUGUCAAUCCGAAUCAGAGAAGAGGCUUCAUCAGGAUCCCCAGCUUCAGACUCUUUUCCAGACAUGGAGAUGAAAAGGACGGCGUAUUCCGCAUGAGUCUGAGCCCUGAUGGCACCCUGCUGGCUGUCAUUCACUUCUCUGGCCGACUGUCUCUCUGGGACGUCCCCUCCCUCAAGCAGAGGGCCACAUGGAGACAAGACCAACAGCCAGGAUUUGAGGAGAUCAACCCAGAGUGGAAGACAUCGCUGGAGAGAAGGAAGAAAAUAAAAGAUAAGGAGCAGUACUACCCGUUGGUGGAUGUGAGCUGGUGGAGUGACAAUGUGUUGAUCCUGGCUCGCUGCUCUGGCUCCGUCACCGUCUCAUCCGUUAAGACGCUGCGCAACCUGCUGGGGAAAUCCUGCGAAUGGUUUGAGCCCUCACCUCGAGUCACCGCAGCCCAUGACGGGGGCUUCCUCAGCCUGGAGUGUGAGGUGAAGCUGGCUCAGAAACGUGGGCGCUUGGAGAGCAACCUGAGCGGUGGGGCCAGUGAGGAUGAGGAGGGUGAUGAUGGCGGAGACUCUGACUCCGAUGACGAGUCGUCUGCCAAAGCCCGCUACUUUGGCUACAUCAAGCAGGGCCUAUAUUACGUGACGGAGAUGGAACGGUUCGCCCCGCCACGCAAGCGCCCCCGCACUGUAAUUAAGAACUACCGUCUGGUCAGCCUGAGGUCAACAACACCAGAGGAGCUGUACCAGAGGAAGAUUGACAAUGAAGAGUAUGGUGAAGCCCUGUCGCUUGCCCAUGCGUAUAAUCUGGAUUCUGACCUUGUAUACCAGAGACAGUGGAGGAAGAGUACGGUCAGCAUUGCCUCAAUACAAGAUUAUCUGAGCAAGAUCUGCAAACGCUCAUGGGUGCUGCACGAGUGUGUGGAGCGCGUCCCUGAGAACGUGGAUGCGGCCAAGGAGCUGCUGCAGUACGGCCUGAAGGGAACUGACCUUGAGGCCCUCAUAGCCAUAGGAAACAGGGAGGAUGGUGGCAGGUUUAUCAUGCCAGGCGACGUUGACCUCGAUGAUCUGCCCUAUGAAGACUUCCUGUCAGACGAUGUGGAGCUGGAGAUGAAAAAGGAAAAGGAGAGCAGGAAGAGACGAGAGCUGUUGGCCAAGGUCGACUUCAGCAGGCUGACUCUGGAGCAGAAGGAGCUGUGUCGGAGCCGCCUGAAAUUACUCUCAUACCUGGACCGGCUGGCAACAUACGAGGAGAUUCUUGGCGGUCCUCAUGCAGCCGAGCAGAAAUAUGAUGCCGAGUUCUUCAAGAAGUUCCGCAGUCAAAAUAUUGUUUUGUCAGCAAGAAACUACGCCAGGGAGAGCAACGUACAGGCUCUGGACAUUCUGUUCACUUACCACGGAGCCGAACUCCUCCAGCAUCGGCUCGCCAUCCUUUACAACUUCCCGGAAACCACAUCUCCACACGAGUACACUAUCCUGCUGCCUGAAGCCUGUCUGGAUGACAGAGGUGAGUUGAUGUUGAUUCCUUGGGAUGAGCAGAGACACAGAGACAUGGACUGGUGCGAGGCGAAGGAGUGCAGAGCGGUACUGGACCAGAACCUGUUCGACGAUGACAGUUUCCUGUACGACGAGGCUCCAGAGCUCUUGAGGUUCCGCACAGCUACACCCUCCAUCGAGCUGCUGACCGACUGGUACCAAAGCAGAGCCAAGGAUAUCGACUCCUGCUCCAGACAGGUGGACUGUGCCCUGUCGCUGGUGCGUCUGGGGAAGGAGCGGCAGAUCCCAGGGCUCCAGCUUUUGUGUGAUGACUUAGUCACCAUGGAAACACUUGUGUAUGAGACAUCAUGUGAAUUGAGUUUGACGCUUAAAGAUUUGCAGCAGCUAAGUGACAUUGACAAGCUCCGCCUGCUAAUGAAAAAUUCCAGCACCAAGCGCUAUGUGAAAGACACCUUCCAGUGGAUGGUGCCGUUCCUGCACCGAUGUGAGGGACAAGAAGAAGGUGUGGCUAAAUCUCUGCUCAGAGAGUACCUGGUCAGCCUGGCCCAGGGAGACCUCACCCUGCCCCUCAUCGUCUUCCAGCACUCCAAACCUGACUGCCAGCAGAAGAUCAUCGGGGACCCCGACCAGCUGAUGGAGGUCGCUCUGGAGUGCAUCUACAGCUGUGAGAGAGAUGACCAGCUCAGCCUUUGUUAUGACAUCUUGGAGUGUCUGCCGCAGAGGGGCUAUGGACCAGAUACGGACAUAACCGCAUCCCUCCAUGACCAGGUGGACAAACUAGAGAAGCAUCUCAGUGUGGCAGAGGUUCUGGAGAAACACGGCCUGCAGAAGCCCAUUUCAUAUGUGAAGAACAGCCAAAACAGCAAAGAAGAAGCCCACCAACUCAUGGUGAAACUGUGUCGUCACACUGGCCGCAAAAACCCUCCAGUGAGUGAGACUGUGUGGAGAGGUCUCCUGCAGGACCUGCUUGACAUGCAGCAGAAUGUCUACACCUGUCUAAGGCCAGAGACAUGUCACCAGGCCUUUGUUGAGUCCCUGCUGUGCUCCAGCCGUGUGGAGAACGUACGCCUGGCAGGGCAGCUCAUGCACUGUUCCAAGGUCAGCCAGGAUGUUCCUGUCAGCUUGUCUUUCCGGGGUAAAGGUUAUGCUCAGAAGGUGGCCUAUGACAACAGCGUGGAAUUAGUGUUGGCUGCAGCCAGGGAGUACUUCAACUCAUCUACAACACUGACAGACCCCUGCAUGGGCCUCGCCAGGGCGUGUCUCCAGCUCAUCACAGACUGUCCUCAGGCCAUUCAGGAUGAACUGGACCUCAUCAGCGCCCUCAGCCAACUUGAAGACUUUAGCGUCAGCAUCCUGCCACUGCAAGUGCGUCUGCGAUCAGACCGUCUGUCUCUCGUGAAGGAGUGCAUCGCCCACUGCCCCACGGCCUACAAGCAGUCCACUACUCUGCUGAACCUGGCGUCGCUUCUCAGAGUGGCAGGAGAUGACAAGGCCACGCGAAAAGGCCAAGUACUGACCCUGCUGGCAGAACAGGCUCUCCAACGUCUGGACUUCAAGGCCUCCUACAUCCACUGUCAGGACCUCAUGGCUGCAGGUUAUGGUCCAGCGUGGGAUGUUUGCAGCCUGCUCGGUCAGUGUGAGGGUUAUGGAGACCUGGAGGCCAGACAGGAGCUUUUAGCCUUCUCCCUCACUCACUGUCCACCUGACAACAUCCAUGGCCUUCUGGCUGCCUCCAGUGAUCUGCAGACCCAGGUGUUGUACCAAGCAGUUAACUAUCAAAUGGAGCCUGUUAACACUAAGAGGGAACGAGAGGCCGACUCCGUAAAGGCCUGCGCUCCCCCUGUGAGCUCCCCCGUGGGGACAGCAGGGGACCUGCUGCACAGGACUACAGCUAAGACCAUGGAGGUGCUGGCCACUACAGGGCUGACCACCAAGGCUGUGCUGACCACGGUCAGCGACCACCGCUGGUGGAAAGAAUCACUUAACUACCUACGACCUUUGCAAGGUCACGACGCAGGAGCCACUAGUCAAGCAGGGGCAUGUGAGAACUCCAACCUGGAGCGUCAAGGCUGCAGCCCCUUUUAUCAGGACGUCAUUGAUGAUUCCUAUGUAGACCCGAGUCAAGACGUGUAUUCGUCUUACAAAGAUGUGCCGCAGGAGACCUUUGCUGAGGUUCUGCUGAGUACUGGCAAGCUGGCCGAGACCAAAACUGAAGGACAGACCGUGUUUCCUGCAACGGAGGUUUUGCUGCAGCUGGCCAACGAUGCAUUUCCCAGGGACAUGAUGCUGGCUCUGUCCUACUUACUUGCCCUGCCUCAGGUACUGGAUGCCAACAGGUGUUUUGAGAAACAGUGUCACUCUGCCUUGUCGCUCCAGCUGGCUGCCUAUUACUACUCCCUGCAGAUCUACUCCCACCUCACACCCUGCUUCAGGAACAAGAACCACACUCUCUACCAGGCUGACCCAAAGGAGCUGAUUCGAUUGGUCACACAGCAUGUGUCUGCAUAUUCGGAUUGGCCGGAGGAUCUGCAGAAGUUGAUCAGCCAGCUACAUGUGUACAAUGAGCGUCUGACGGACUUUACCCAGGCCCAGGUGUUACAGGGGCUGGGCCGUGGAGUGGACGUCCAGCGCUUCAGCUCUGACUCCGAUUACAAGAAGGAGACCAUCCUUGGCCUCACUGAGACACUGGAUGACAGCGUGUACAGAAUCGCUAUGUCUCUGGCAAAGCGCUACAGUGUUCCACUGUGGGAAGUCUACAUGACUCACCUCGAAUUCCUCUUUACAGAUAGCGGUCUUUCCACCAAGGAAAUUGAGUCCCGGAGUGAGGCCCUUGGUCUGUUUGACACUUUAAAAUGCAACCCUCAGGCCUUUUACAGCCACAUGACCAAAUACGUUCUGCCCACUGUGGAGGGAACCGACCAGGACCGCCUGCUCUACUACUACACCUUGCUGGACGCUGCAGGCUGUGAGCCUUAUGUCACCACCACCAUCAAACCAGACUCCCAUGUCAAACUGCUCAAAAAGCUUCGAGCUGUCGCCAGCGGUUUGAACUACCGGAAGCUGACAGAUGAAUCGUUGGAUCCACUGAUCACUCUACAACCAGUUCUGACCAGUCAGAAUGUGCUGUCCAUCUCCAAACUUGCAAAUCGACUGCCUGUACCUGAUGGUGGAGGCGCAACAGUAACCCCCAGUGCAGUUCACACAGUGUGGCUUCAGAAGCUGUUUUGGAAAGGAGACCCCCAAUUGCUGAAGAGACCUCCACAGAGUGACCAGGAUUACCUCCAUGCGUACGACACAUGCGCCAAAUACCUGGACAGGCUGGUCCCUGCUGACGCUGUCCACUUCCUGGACAGUAUCACCUUUUCAUCUGAUGCAGCAGAACACCUGAGCAUCCAAGCGAGGUCGGAGGUGAUAAAGCGAGCCACCAAAGCCCUGCGCCAGCUGGGCGAAAAGAACAGGAAGAGAGGAGGCGACGGUAGCGGGGAGCAGGAGGGGACGGACCCAGCAGGGAUGACUUUUGAUGAGGCUCUAACACACCUGCAGCAAUCACAGGCCCACCUGGACACCCUGAGUCAUGCCUUAAUUCUGUCACUCAAAGAGAGCCAGCAGCGUUAUAGUCAACUUUAUGAUCUGUCCCGAUCUGAGAGGUCAAAAGUACAUGAGCUGGCAGUCACCAUGGCCACCGACGGGCAGCCUCUGGAGCACAUUGGAGAGCUUCUGUGCGUGGCUGUUGGACCUCUAGACCUGUCUGUCAAAUCAGUGCUUCGUGAUGCAGUGGAGAGAGUUGUGGCCGCACUCAGUGGAGACCCAGACGCCCUGACAAAUUACCCACAGCCCCUCAGGGUCCUGGAGGCUAUGGUGACCGCUGUGCACAACAGUGUUCAGAGUGGCGACAGCGAGGUGACUUCAGAUGACCUACUGGCCUGGUUGCAUCCGUUCUGCGGUGACGCGUCUCUGCCUGUGCGACCUCGGAUCGACGUGCUGCAGAUCCUGGAGAGCAACUUCAGCCUCCAAGACAGCGACGUUCGUCUGCUGCUGCUUUACAGAACUCAAGCUGUACUCAAAGACAGAGAGUUUCAGCUAGAAGAUGUGGAGAAUGAGGACAAAAGAUACGCCCUCUUCCUGGAGCUACUGGAAGCUGCACAAAAGUGGGAAGACUUUCAGCAGCUCAUGUUCCUCCUACAAGCGUGGCCACCCAUGACCAAGGAGGAAGUGGCGCACUCAGAGCGUAACCCCUGGGUUGUGCUGACCUCAGCACUGCUGACCCGCUGCCAGGGGUCAGAGGUGAAAUUAGACCUGGGUCAGCAGGUCGUCAUCAUGGUGCGAUCGCUCUAUAAUACCAAACACAAGCUUCCUGCACAGUGUAUCGGACAUAUAACCACCCAGCUGCUCCAAAACCAGCUGAAUCUCCAGCAGCCUGCACUCAAACUGAUGGCUGAGAGUGGUGAUGAGCAACUCCUGCAGCUGACUCUGGAUCAGAUCAACAACAUGACAGCAGAGACAGCUUCCUCCUGUGACGCCGAGCUCCUCUCAUUACUCCUGGAUGCCGGGCUCCUGGUGGGCUGUGUCUCUUCAGCCCUGUACCCCCUGCUCAGCUCCCACAUGCUGUCCCACCAGCAGGAGGGAGGCUGGGACGUGGAGAAAGCCGCCGCUGAGCUGCUGGCGGCAGGCCAUGGGCCCGAGGCGGGCUCCCUGCUGCUGGCUCACCGCGGAACCCACCAGGCCCAGUUCACCUUCAACUCUGCCUUGGCCGUUCUCAGGAAGUGGCUGUGAGGGGAGGAGGGAGGAGGAGCAAGGUGUGAGGGGAAGAACGCGGCAGGGAGGCGGUUUGGAGCGAAGCCACGGACUGUGGUGAUAAAGCAGAUUUAGUGAAAGAGAAGGGGAAAGCGUUCAGAGAGGAGUGGCAGUAAAUUGGAUUGAGAUCUGAAGAAGUUAGCAUGAGGUGAUAAGAAAAGUGGUGGUAGGCUGUACCUCUGCAUUUUCAUCUGUAAUUGGGUUUCGCAGUCAUCAACCGAAGAUACUGCAAGAGAGCUGCAGCAUCUGCCUUGAACGUAUGAGAGCGAAUACCUUUAAUAUUGAAACAUCUGCUCAAUUAGAAACACACAAUGCGCACACAUACACAGUCACAACGUCAGCUGUCUCUUAGUCAUGACUAGAUGUUCAAACUGAGGGCUGAUCAGAAAGUGCAAUUACUGCUUGAAUUUAUUUGUUGUGUGUUCGGUCGUGUAUUGUGUCCCGUUGUGUGAUAAAGUAAUUGAGCAGUAGCCGGAAAGCAGUGGGUGGAUAUUAGCCUAUUGUUCCGUGACAGGUUUUCCUCUUUGACGUCCCACCGUUAAACACCCUGCCUCUGCUCUAUUGUUUUCCCCCUAAUAAUGUCUAAUUAAUUCCUUCUAAACAAAUUAGCCCCACAGCUGCCCUGCACUGUGUAUACGCAUGUGUGUAUGCACAAUUACUGUAUAUGAGCAGCCAGUGAUUUCAUGCAGAGCUAAUGAUAAUGAAGAAUAAACGUGUGUUUAGGCACACAGUGAUGCUGUCAGUAUGAUUUGUUUCACUUUAGGAAAUACAGGUUUUAUUUCAUCCCACCAUUUAGAUCUGAAAUAAAGACAAAUAUAAUACA